AUGGCGGGGUCCGUGGGUCGCGACCGCGCCUUGGAAGCAACCGCGGAGAGCGCUCAGCUUGUUGCGCAGCCAAACCCCGAGUAUGCGCCUCCGCGUUCCCAAGUGCAGGCUCGUCCUGCUGCGUCGGCGCCCGUGCGCCGUCUUGAGCGCGGGUUGUCUCUUCCGCUGCGCGGGGCGGAUCGUCACGCGUCUCCUGAGCAAUCCCGUGCUCCCCUAGUCGUCGCGUCGAAUGCCUUGCCGGCGCGUCAGGAGCGGGGCCGGUCCCCGCCGCCUCGUGGAUAUCGACCCGCGUCCCCUGCGCGUCGCGCCCCCGAGCCGCAUGACUCUCGGCGGCGAUGGGACGAAUAUCAGCGGGAAAUUCAGCAUCGCGACCGCCGCUACCGCUCUUCUGAGAGGUCGCCGGAGAAGCGCUCCCCGCGGGAGCGAUCCCCUCCGCAGCGGACGCCGCGGCCGUCGCCUCCGCGUCGGGGCCGCGGGGCUCAUGCGGGCCGUUGGGAUUCUCGCCGCCGUGAGCAGUCCCCGCCCCGUCCUCAGUCGGCUGGGUCUGGAGGGCGUCGUGGGCGGCGGAAUGGUCAUGCGCGCAGCGGGGGUAGUCGUGGCCAGGGCUCCACUGCUGACCGCGCGGGGAAUAUGGUGGCGGAUGCAGUGCGGGAGGUGGAAGCGUCGGGGGCAGCGGCUCACGUUCACGUGUCUGUGACCACUGAGCCCCCCACCGCACCUGUUGCGGUUGAAGCCGCUCCGCUGCGCGCUCCAACCUUGCGGGAGUAUCUGCCAGCUGCAGCGGCGAGGGGGCCGUUCCGCGGACGCCGCCAAGCCCCAGGUUACCCUGCUCCUCAGAAUACGGUUGGCCAGACUCCGGGCCAGGUGGGGGUGUUUCUGCCGCGCGGAGUUCCGACUGCGCCUCUCCCCAGCCGCGCGGGGAGAGAUCCCACGCUGAGCAUGUGCCGGAUGUGGAAUUUGGCGGGGGCGGCUGAGGGGCUGGCGAGCCUGCAGCUGGCGGCGUGUGAGGCCAUGCGUCACACACCGAGCAGUUUUGCUCAAGGGCCCCAAGGACAGUGCGUCGCUUGGGCAGGAGAGAUUGUCCCCCUUUUAUCGCCCGUGUCGGAUGCGCCCGCCGGGGAGAGCUGUCUGGAGGUGGUGAGGGUGCUGCAACCAGAGGAGUUCGGGGCCCUGUCAAUGCACGAGCUGCGCGUGCUGCUCACAGACUCAGCGCACCUCCUCACCUGCCGCCCAGGAGACACAUUGGACCUGCUGCCCUCGCAAGUGGCGGUGCUGCUGCUUGGCUCCGUGCGCACCGUCGACCUCUCCCUCGCCAACGCCUCCGCCUCUGCCUCUGCCAUUCCUUUCUCUGGAUCCGCCCUUGCUGCUUCUCACCCUGUGAUGGAUUCUGCAAACACUGCUACCACCUCAUCUGCCGCUGCUGAUGGUACCGCUGCUGAUUCCGUUGCUGCUGGUUCUGCAAGUGCAGGUGCAGGGCAGGAUAAAGGGAGCGAGGGUUCAGAUGCAGAUGUCGUGCAAGGGGGUGAUCCAGGCGAGGGAGAUAGGCUGCUGGGCGGUGGCAGUGGGGAGAAUGGGGAUGGAGGAGGAGGGAAGAGCAAUGGGGAGCAACGGGGAGAGGGUGAAGGAGGUGGGAGGGAUGGGCGAGUGGAGGAUGGCGUGCUGGUGGCUGUUGAUGCUCCCGCGUUGCUCACAGCACAGCCACUGCCAGCCGCAGCCCCUGAGCGGGCAGUGUAUGGGGACAGCACUGCCAUGCUGCACGGGCGCUACUCCGCUCUCUCCCUCUGCAAGCUGCUUGUCAUCCACAUGCCCCGCGACCUCAUGUCCGUCCAAAACACGCCCACCAGGUCGUUCCACGUGCACCGCCCACAGGCCACGCACGACCACGACGGGCUGCUGCGCUUCGGAGCAGAGGGCGCCGAGGAGAGCACCCUCAAUGAAGCACUGCUGGCCGCCGUGGGGGCGGGGGAGCACGCAGGCGGGAGCAGUGGGGCAGCACGGGGCGAGGAGGGCGUGGGGUGGGUGGGCGAGGAGGCGGCGAGUGAGAUGACGAUGCCGCGCGGGAGCGAGCUGGCGGAGGCGCUGAGGGACCGCUCAGUGGUGGACCAGGCGCUCAUGGAGCGAGCCAUGGAGCUCAGCGUCUUCGGCAGCAAGCUGAACCUGAGACCGCGCAGACCGACAGACACGUCACCGCACCACCACGCGCAGCUGCACUACAGCCAUGUGCAUGCGCACUACCACAGCCACUACAACCUGCACGCCACGCGAGUCAGCCCUGCCCCCUCGCCCGCCUCCGCCCUCUUCACGGCCUCUCAGCCGCACCUGCUGCCUGGUUUCGGCUGCCAGGCUGGACAGCCGGUCAAUCGUGCCGCCACGUCAUCAGGUGCCAGCGCGCGCAAAUCCAGUGACCCCAACAUUGUCCAAUCGAUGCGCAGCGGCCAGGUCAGCACUGCAGGGCAGGGACAGCUGGCACGGGGCGGGGCGCACAGCACGUCGCUGUCUGCGAUCUUACCAUCGCUCUAUGCAGCGGCUGGCUCACGGACUCCGGGCAGUGAUGGUGUGAAGGGCGAUGGGGUGUCGAGGGACGGUGGUGCUGCAGGAGACGUGGCAAAGCCUGAAUCUUUACCGUACCGUCUGCACCCAAGCAUCAGAGGACAUCAGCACUGUAGAUUGUUUGCAGAACGAAACCUCCUAGAUCGGGUAGACGCCAUGGCGACCAAGGCAGCUUUCGUUCUUCUCGCCCUCCUCGCGGCUUCCGCGUUCUGUAACGCGAGCCGUCCCCUUCCUGCAGACAGCGACAACUCCGUUACCGUCGCUGCCAAGGAUACCGAUAAUAUUGUCGCCGCGGUUCCCGCUGAUAACGAUAAUACUGUCGCCGUGGUUCCCGCUGGUAGCGACAACUCGGUCGCCGUGGUUCCCGCUGAUAACGACAACACGGUCGCCGUUGUUCCCGUUGAUAACGACAACACAGUCGCCGUGGUUCCCGCUGAUAACGACAACACAGUCGCCGUGGUUCCCGCCGAUAACGGCAACACGGUCGCCGUGGUUCCCGCCGAUAACGACAACACGGUCGCCGUGGUUCCCGCCGAUAACGACAACUCGGUUACCGUGGUUCCCGCCGAUAACGACAACACUGUCGCCGUGGUUCCCGCCGAUAACGACAACACUGUCGCCGUGGUUCCCGCCGAUAACGACAACACUGUCGCCGUGGUUCCCGCCGAUAACGACAACACGGUUGCCGUGGUUCCCGCCGAUAACGACAACACGGUCGCCGUGGUUCCCGCCGAUAACGACAACACGGUCGCCGUGGUUCCCGCCGAUAACGACAACACGGUCGCCGUGGUUCCCGCCGAUAACGACAACACGGUCGCCGUGGUUCCCGCCGACAACGACAACACGGUUGCCGUGGUUCCCGCCAAGGUGGCAGAGGACAAUGUGGCUGUCGCUCAGCCAUCGUCUGACGUCAGCCCUAAGAUUGCUAUGGGUCGUGGUGGUUGCGAGGGCGAGGUCACCAAGGCUAGUGUCGCAGCUGUCGAGACCGCCGCCUGUAAUGCAGGCGGGCUCACGAAGCGAUCCGUCGCCGGAUCCAACGGCAAUGCGGCGAAGCAAUUCACCAUGGACGAGGUGUCCAAGCACAACCGCCCAGGGAACGCCUGGGUGGUCGUCCAAAACAAGGUGUACGAUGUGAGCAACUUUGCCGACCAGCAUCCAGGCGGGCGCGUGAUCUACUUGAUGGCGGGUCGCAACGCCACGGACGUGUUCGCCGUCUUCCACAAGCCGUCCACCUCGACGUUCCUCUCCACGCUGUACAUCGGCGAUCUCAAGGACAGCGAGGUCGAGCCGACGGGCGAUCUGCUCAAGGACUUCCGCGAUCUGCGGGCGUCGUUCGAGGCGAAGGGGUACUUUAAGUGCAGCCCGGCGUACUACCUGUUCAAGGUGCUGUCGACGUUCGCCAUCGUCGCCGCCAGCAUCGCCAUCAUCAUGUGGACCUCCGACCCGCGCUGGGUGCUCGUCUCCGCCGUGCUUCUCGGCCUCUUUUUUCAACAAGUCGGCUGGCUCUCGCACGACUUCCUUCACCACCAGGUGUUUCAAUCGCGGUCCCUGAACACGCGCAUCGGCGGGUACAUCCUCGGCAACCUGGCCCAGGGCUUCAGCAUGAAUUGGUGGAAGAACAAACACGCCACACACCAUGCCAUACCCAACGAGUGUGACAAGGAGUACCGCCCAAUUGACCCGGAUAUCGACACGCUGCCGUACCUGGCGUGGAGCGAGGACAUUCUCGCGACCGUCAAGAGCAAGACCAUGCGCUCGCUGCUGCGCUACCAGAGCUAUCUCUUCUUACCCACCCUCUUUGUCGCCCGCUUCGCAUGGACGUACGGGAGCCUGACUUACUGCUUCUCGGACGAGGUGCCUGCGAAGGAGCGCUUCUGGGAGCGGCUGUUCAUGGUGCUGCACUACGCGUGGGUGCUCGGGUUCGGCUUCGGCUGCCUGCCGUUCUGGACGGCCGUCACGUGGAUGCUGACGGCGCAGAUCUCCGGCGGGCUGUUCCUUUCGUUUGUGUUCGUGCAGAGCCACAACGCCAUGGAGAUCUACAACGAGGGCAAGGACUUCUACACCGCCCAGAUUGUGACCACGCGUAAUGUGAGUGACGGGCUGUUCAACGACUGGUUCACGGGCGGGCUGAACAAGCAGCUGGAGCACCACCUGUUCCCCACCAUGCCACGGCACCACCUGGGCAAGACGUGCAAGGCAGUGAAGGAGCUGUGCGAGAAGCAUGGGCUUGCCUAUGAGAAGGUGUCCUUCGCCAAGGGCACCCUGUCCGUGCGCGCCUCGGCGUCGAAUGCGCCGGCAGUUGCGGAGGAAACGGCGGAGAAGACGGAGAAAGCGGAGAAGGGGGAUAAGAAAGCCUCUUCGCGGGGACCGUCGGCGGCGGGUCCGCCGGCGUCGGGGAAAGCGGGAGGUGCGGGGGGCAAGGCGGAAUUGAUCGACGUAUCACAACUGUUCGGGUUCGAGGAGGUGGACUACCCCGUGCUGGAAUCAGAGGAGCUCUUCGUGCGCAAGGCUGGCGAGGAGAUCACCCAGCAGCUGUACAACUUCGAGGACAAGGGCGGCCGCCGCGUGGCUCUGCGCCCCGAGCUCACUCCCUCGCUCGCCCGCCUCGUGCUGCAGAAAGGCAAGUCGCUGCCGCUGCCGGUGAAGUGGUUUGCGAUUGGGCAGUGCUGGCGCUACGAGCGCAUGACACGUGGCAGGCGCAGGGAGCACUACCAGUGGAACAUGGACAUCCUCGGAGUGCCGGGAGUGGAGGCGGAGGCGGAGCUGCUGGCGGCAGUGGUGGCGUUCUUCACACGCGUGGGGCUCUCCUCCAAGGACGUCGGCAUCCGCGUCUCCAACCGCAAGGUGCUGCAAGAGGUGGUGGAGGGCAGUGGUGUGCCCGCUGACAAGUUCGCAGCAGUGUGUGUGGUGGUGGACAAGAGGGACAAGAUCGGGGAGGGGGCGGUGGGGAAGGAGCUGGCGGAGCUGGGGGUGGAGGAGGCGGCAGCACGGGCCAUCCUCACCACCAUGAACAUCACAUCGCUGCAGCAGCUUAGAGAGCACAUGGCAGCGAGUGGGGGGCAGGAGGGCGGCAGUGCAGCGGUGGCGGACUUGGAGCGGCUCUUCUCCCUCGCCGAGGCACACGGCUUUGCCGAGUGGCUCGAGUUUGACGCCUCUGUUGUGCGCGGCCUCGCUUACUACACUGGCACCGUCUUUGAGGCGUUUGACAGGGAGGGGGAGCUGAGGGCCAUCUGUGGAGGGGGGCGGUACGACCGCCUGCUCUCCACCUUUGGGGCUGCCUCCGACACACCCGCCUGCGGCUUUGGCUUUGGGGACGCUGUCAUUGUGGAGGUGAGGCAAGUUGCAGCUGCAUUGGUAAAGGUGACUAUGGGUCGUGGUGGUUGCGAGGGCGAGGUCACCAAGGCUCGUGUCGCAGCCGUGGAGACCGUCGCCAGUAAUGCAGGCGGGCUCACGAAGCGAUCCGUCGCCGGAUCCAACGGCAAUGCGGCGAAGCAGUUCACCAUGGACGAGGUGUCCAAGCACAACCGCUCAGGGGACGCCUGGGUGGUCGUCCAAAACAAGGUGUACGAUGUGAGCGACUUCGCCGACCGGCAUCCAGGCGGGCGCGUGAUCUACUCGCUCGCGGGUCGCAACGCCACUGACGUGUUCGCCGCCUUCCACAAGCCGUCCACCAAAUCGUUCCUCGCCACGCUGCAAAUCGGCGAGCUCAAGGAAAGCGAGGUCGAGCCGACGGGCGAUCUGCUUAAGGACUUCCGCGAUCUGCGGUCGUCGUUCGUGGCGAAGGGUUACUUCAAGAGCAAUCCCGCGUAUUACCUGUUCAAAGUGCUGUCGACGUUCGCCAUUGUCGCCGCCAGCAUCGCCAUCAUCAUGUGGACCUCCGACCCGCGCUGGGUGCUCUUCUCCGGCAUGCUUCUCGGCCUCUACUGGCAACAAGUCGGCUGGCUCUCGCACGACUUCCUUCACCACCAGGUGUUUCAAUCGCGGUUCUGGAACACGUUCAUCGGCGGGUACAUCCACGGCAACCUGGCUAUGGGCUUCAGUACCAACUGGUGGAAGAACAAGCACAACACGCACCACGCCGUGCCCAACGAAUGCGACAAAGAGUACCGCCCAAUCGACCCCGAUAUCGACACGCUGCCGUACUUGGCGUGGAGCGAGGACAUUCUCGCGACCGUCAAGAGCAAGACCAUUCGCUCGCUGCUGCGCUACCAGAGCCCGCUCUUCUUCCCUAUCCUCUCCUUCGCCCGUUUCGCCUGGUCGUACGCGAGCCUGACUUACUGCUUCUCGGACGAGGUGCCUGAGAAGGAGCGCUUCUGGGAGCGGCUGUUCAUGGUGCUGCACUACGCGUGGGUGCUCGGGUUCGGCUUCGGCUGCCUGCCGUUCUGGACGGGCCUUAUGUGGAUGCUGACGGGGCAGAUCUGCGGCGGGCUGUUCCUGGCGGUGGUGUUCGUGCAGAGCCACAACGCCAUGGAGAUCUACAACGAGGGCAAAGACUUCUACACCGCCCAGAUUGUGACCACGCGUGAUGUGAAUGGCGGCUUCUUCAACGACUGGUUCACAGGCGGGCUGAACAGGCAGCUGGAGCACCACCUGUUCCCCACCAUGCCCCGACACCACCUGGGCAAGACGUGCAAAUCAGUGAAGGAGCUGUGCGAGAAGCACGGACUCGUCUAUGAGGAUGUGUCAUUUGCCAAGGGCACGUCGCUGGUGCUCGAGCAUCUCAGCAGAAUCGCAGAGAAGGCCUGA